AUGGCAAGUCCGGCUGGAAAACGCGGACCAUCAGUCUUGGUUACUGAUUCUCGGGAACGACAACGCCCUUCCACAGCACGAAAUAAUUCUCAACGACCAAAUGCCAACGGCUCGAAUGCGCCUAGACCAACAAGAUUCAUAUCAGUAGAUAAUGUCUUACAAUAUGCCUCUCAAAUCCCAUCAGGUCAAGCUCGAGGGCCACCAGCCGGACGAAAACCUCAGGCUCUAGAUCAACGUCGCGCAAAUGGUCCCAUAUCUGCUCGGAUUGCACAACAGAAUGUUCCAGGUCGGAGUACAAAAAUUAGUGAGAAAUUGGUAUUGAUUCCAGAUACGGUGGAUGAAAAGGAUGAUUCAGAAACGGAAGAAAUUCUUGGGGCCGGAAACCAACAGCGACUCGAUGGUGGUGGAGGACCUCCGACAGAUGCUGAAAGGGAUAUACUAAAAAGAGAGGCGAGUUAUGCGGAACGUUUACCCAAAGCAAGGAGAGCAAACGAAUUGGCUAGAGUCACAGCGUAUUGCACGGCACAAGCAUAUAAAACAAAGGCCACGGCUGCAUUCGUCAAGGAACGACACGGAGCCAAGACAAAGUUAUACGAUGACUGUCUCUAUACAGUUUACCAUUUACCUUUAUUACCAGGUACCGAAGGAUUCAGAGUACGAAGUAGUCCGGUUUUGAAAAGUCCAGGUGGAAAAGCGGUACUAGAUGAAGAGAUAGAAAGGAGUGAGAAUCGAGAUUAUCAUGAGGGAUAUUUCGAGGAUACGGAUACCUACGGUGUAAGGGGAGGAGAAGAUAGUCCACGAAAUGAAACUGACGAAGAAAGAAUCAUAAGGGAAGAAGGAGCCCGAAGAGGUAGAGAGGAAACCCAUAUCUUUGAACAAGGCAAAAGAGCCGACAGUCCAAAUCGAGUUGCGCCGGAUGCGAAAACUUUUGCAGAAAUGUUUGUCUUCUCGUAUGGAGUGGUGGUGUUUUGGAAUUUUACCGAGCAUCAGGAAAAGGAUAUUCUCGCAGACUUGACAUUUGCUGCGCACAACACAGAUGUAUCACUUGUUGUUCGACCUCAAGAGGAAGAAGAUCUCGAAACAGAGGAGCUCCAUUUUGAGUACAAUUCUUUCGUUGACAGACCACGAAUCUUUAAUGAUAUGAUAACCUUAAGGAGUGGUGAUCAUAUGAUCAAGCUGGCAAUGAGUCAUGCUAUUGCUCAAAGUACGAAACUGAGUUUCUUUGAGGAGCGAAUGUCGCAGACUAUGCUAAGCGCAGAACAUAUUCCUAAGCACUUGGCCUUGACGGGCCAACUUGGUAUGUCUCGCACGGAGAUUCUUAAGAUUCUUGGACGUCUCUUCAAAAGUAGGGUAGAUGUCAAUCUUUCAUCAAAUAUCCUCGACGUACCCAGUUUCUUUUGGGAUUCCGAACCCACUUUACAUCCACUUUACGAAGCCAUUCGAGAGUAUCUCGAAAUCGGUCCUCGUAUCACGACACUGAACGAGCGUUGUCGAGUUUUCUUGGACUUAGCGGAAGUUCUCAGUGACAGUAUCGCAGAUACAAAAAUGAGCACAAUCACGUGGAUUGUCAUUAUCCUAAUCAUCAUUAGUAUAGCAGUAACGGUCACAGAAGUAGGUUUAAGAUUUAUUAUAUUGGAAAAAGCGGGUUCAAAUGGGGAAAUCCUGCAGCGGGAAUGGCUCUUAUGGAUAGAAAUUGGUCGAGAUUUGAUUUUACUGGAAGCUAUUUGUGGAGUAGGACACACGAUUACGGAGCUUUGA